UGUCUAAUCGCGGUCCAAGUCUCAGAUUGUACUCACAGUAUUCGGAUUCGGAUUCGGAUUGCACAAGCCUCUUAUCAAAACACAAAAAAAAAACUACUCCCAGACAGACGGCGGAGCACAACAGUCUCUACAGCACCAGCACCAGCACCAACACGACGACAAACAAUCUGGCAACGAAUCGUAUACGUAAUGCCAAACAAAGUUCCAUUCAUUUAACUCGAUUCGCUCGAUUCAGUUCUCAGGCAGGUGUCAAGCGACGCACACACGACCCACCGACGCGCGGCAUUUUAUUUUCCAACAGGAACACACACGUACCCCAUAAUACACCAUACAAUAUACGAUACUUAAUUAGCAUACGCGUUUCAGUUCUGUUUCUGUUUCUGUUUCGGUUCGGUUUGACGUUCUCUGUGUGUCGUCCGGUUGGUCGCUUGGUCGUUUGGUCGCUUUGUCGUUUGGUCGCUUUGUCGUUUUGGACUGUCUCCCGCGUUUGCCUUUGCUUCCACUGUCACUGUCAAAAUAUAUACUUGCACAUUAUUUUUUGUUUCGGUGAGCCGUACAGUACAAAGUAUCAGAAAAAUUUGAAGCGUGUUCAAGUAAAGAGCAACGACGAAAAAGACGACUAUCAAAAUGCUGGAUCCCAUCUCGGACACCCCUUUGGUCUUGGCGUAUGCAUUCAUGUCGCUACUGGUGCUCAUUCUGUGCUUCAUAUUGGUCAAUGUGGUCCAUAAGCUGUAUCGCAGCAUCAACAGCGGCGAUCCCAUAUCGAGUCCGAUUUCUACACACGAGCUGAAGACCUCCAUAGCGGAGAUAGACCCGCUGAAAACCGGUUAAGAAGGCGCAGCAGAAGCAGCAGCUGGCGGCUUGGCUCGGCUCAGCUACACAUAGAGCGGCGCGGUGCGGUGCGGCGCGGGAGAAUCUCAGCGAAGCCCGACGACAGAAUGCUCCGAGUCUUGGAGUCGACAGCUGGCGGUACACCCACGUACCGCAAAACAGACACAGACACAGAAACACAAACACAAACUACUCGUAAACGUAAAACGUAUCCUGAUAUAAACUAAAGCAAUUAGCCCUAAACUCUGAACAUACACUUAGACUUACACUAGCCAUAAGCCACUGCCCCCCACCAUCGAACUGCGGCGAGGGGGCAGUCUCUAGUCACCUAAACGUUCUUAUUGUCCUAAGGUUAGGUUACAUAUGCAUUAUAAUGUACAUAAAUAAACGACUUGAGCAUUAAGCAAGCAGCAA